AUGGCGAGCAGCAGCGGACCCAAGGCCGAUUCCAUUGUCGGAGGGAGAUAUAAACUGGUUCGGGAGAUCGGGUGUGGCUCCUUCGGGGACGUUUAUUUGGCGAUAGACCUCACCAACCACGAGGAAGUGGCAGUGAAACUAGAGUCACAGGAUGCGAGGCAGCCCCUGUUGGUAUAUGAGAAGGAGCUCUAUGAUGUUCUUCAAGGUGGGGUUGGCAUCCCCCAGAUACGGUGGUUUGGUCAGGAAGCGGACUCUAAUGUGCUCGUCAUGGAUCUUCUGGGACCCAGCCUUGAAGACCUCUUCAAUUUCUGUUCAAGAAAGUUCACUAUGAAAACUAUACUUAUGUUAGCUGAUCAGAUGAUCAGUAGACUCGAAUAUGUGCAUACACACAAUCUGAUACACAGAGACAUUAAACCAGAAAACUUCCUAAUGGGUACUGGGCAGCAGUGGAAGCAGUUAUUCCUUAUCGAUUUUGGUUUGGCCAAGAAGUACAGAGACCCCAGGACGGGGCAACACAUACGGACCCUGAAUUACCAAUAUGACUAUGCAUUUGACUGGGUAGUGUUAAAGCAGAAAGCAGAACAGCAGGCUGCCUCUUCAAGUGGGCAGGGUCAGCAGGCCCAACCCCCGGCCCCCCCAGGCAAUCAAUCUGAGGAAACCAAAAGUGAAGCCAAAGGUUCCAAGGCAUGA